UACUUUAUUUCAGUUGACAUCAUGAAAUUCUUGCUUACCACAAUAUGCAUUAUUUCUACAUUUCUUUACACUGCUGCUGUUCAGAACACCGGGCACAAUAUGACGGCUCAAAUUCUAUCUCUUAAAUCGGAGAUUCUCGACAUAAAAGAGCAAUUAGAGCGGCAGCAAAGAUCAUUGGAAAUCAAGCAAACCCAGAAAUCGUAUGAUCGAAAUUGUGCUAAUAUUACAACGAGUGGAAUCCACAAUGUGCUCAUUCCCAGCUUCAGUGAUAAACCCUUCAGAGUAUAUUGCGAUGCGGAAACUCGAGGAGGUGGAUGGACCGUCAUUUUGCGACGUUCUGAUGGAACUGAGAACUUUUAUAGAAAAUGGAACAUUUACAAGAAGGGCUUUGGGAAUUUGGAUGGCGAGUUCAUUUUAGGAUUAGAUAAAAUUCAUGCGUUGACAUCAGAGAAUACUAUGGAGCUGCUAGUGCAGGUUAUGGAUUUCGAAAACGAUGCACGUUUUGAAACGUACAAAAGAUUUGGAAUCGCAAGCGAGGAAGAAGAUUAUGCGUUAAACACUCUGAGUAAGGGCGAAGGAACUGCUGGAGAUUCACUCGAAAAACAUUUUAGAAUGAAAUUUACUACUAUUGAUCGGCAAAAUGAUCUUAAGCAAGGAGACCCCCAUCCCUGUACCGGCUUUAAGGCUGGCUGGUGGUAUCAUGCUUGUCACGAAAGCCUUUUAACCGGAACUUGGGGAAACCACGAUCAUGGUUGGGGCAUCAAUUGGUACACAUUCCGAGGACACAAGCAAUCGAUGAAGACAGCUGUCAUGAUGAUAAGGCCGCGAAUAGUCUAAGCUGCUAUACUCGCAGUGCUGAUAAAAAUCGAUUUCACUGUUUGAGUAUAAUUAUAUAAUUUAGGGCGAAUUUUUCAAUGUCCCCAUAAAG